CUCUGGUUCUGGCGUUGAUGCGAAAGAGUGCAUGAAUUCGGUCCUCUAUCACAAUUCAUUUAGCCUUAAAAUAGCACUGUUAAGAGUAGAGGAAAAUCUACACUGUGUUUACAUGAAACUUUCAUCGCAAAGUUGCUUAUGAUUGCCAGAUAAAUUCACGCGAAUUACAACCACGUUCAGGAAAAAAGCUCGUAGCCGAUCCAUUUUACCGUAUAACGUACGAGUAAGACGCUUUCAUGUUGCUUGAGAUCACAACAGUAUAAAGUCGAGUUUUGUUAUAACCAACAUUAACAACACUAUGGAAAGCCAACCGGUAGAAGAGAGGAUAGUAAUGACCCCCACAAGAAGAGGUCAUGGUCACACCCGGAUUAAGAUAGAAAGAGUGCAGCAGACCGACGUAAAUAAUAGCUCUGUGAUGCACGUGGCUGGAGGGGAUCACAAGGGGAUUGUUAUCAACAAGGAAGAGUCAUCAGGUGACGAUGAUCAGUCCUGUGCACAGCUCACUUUGGAGUUCAAAGUUUUUUUGACCAACGCAGCAAACAAUACACACACUCAGGAAAGCCGUCAACUAAAGUUUUGGUUUAAAUGUGAAGUGUCGGAGCCUGACCAGAUGCGAAGUGCUCAGGACUUUUUCAAAGAACUUGUAAGCCCUAUUGAAUUUCCAAGAGAUUAUGUGGGUUUCAUCAAGGGAAUCAUGAAGCUAAUGCAAUUGAAAUACCAAAAUAUCAGGAAGAUUGAAGUGGAAAUGAGGCAGAUUGAAGAGAUGGCAGAGCCUCCAGCUAGGCCUAUCUCCAUGGAUGAAAGUAUGGUUGGUACUAUGGUGGGAGUUACUGAAGAAAAGGUUUUAGAAAUGAUUGAAUCAGCUUACCCCAACCCUCUUAAGGUGACUGACAUGGCUAAAACAUUACAGUGUACAGAAGAAGAGGUUCGCCUCCAUGUCAGUGAACUAAAGUCAAAAGGAAUUAUAAAAUCAUUAGAAAAUGGAAGUUACACAAGAGUCACUCAGAAUGAUACAGAGGUGAAAAUGGUACGUCAGGUUCCAACAGUUAUUAGUUCCCAGCAACCUUCCAUUGCCAUCAUUACAGCUCAAUAUUGUGAGAAAGUUGCGGUGGAUGCCAUGAUAGAGAAUAAAGAUACUUAUGUCAGGUACAAAACUGAAGGAGAGUCCAAUGUCUAUACUCUUGGUAACAUUGGAGCACAUCGUGUUGUAGCAACAAAACUACCUGCUGUUGGACACCACAGAGGGGCCAUGAUUGCUGCUGGUAACACAACAACUCGUCUGUUGGGGAGCUUCCAGAAAGUUGAAUAUGUUUUUCUUGUUGGUAUUGGAGGAGGUGUUCCUCAUUAUACAAAUUAUUCUAAGCAUGUACGUUUGGGAGAUGUUGUUGUGUCAACAUCUCCAGAGGAUCAAAAUGAUAAAUUCAUUUACAUGUAUUGUGAAAAGACCAAAAACUCUCCUGAAGGUAAAAUUUCAACAAAUGGCACACUGAAUGACAAAUAUAACAUCAAGAGAUGGUGUCCACCAAGCCUCUGUUUACAGGAAAUAGCACAACAACUGUGGACUCAGGGCUUACUUGAUGCUAAACAGCGACCAUGGGAAGAUUACAUCAGAUAUGCUUCAGAAAUGUUAGCCAACCAAGAAGCUGACUUUAACCGACCUUCAUCAGAUACAGACAAACUUUUCAUGUCCAUUGGGGGAAAAGAUGUCAUUGAGGUUGGUCAUCCUCAAGCCCCCGAAGGAACAGUAGAACAUCGAGAACCAGGAAAGUCCAUGAUCCACUUUGGGGGUGUGGCAUCUGGAAGGGUAUUGAUGAAAGAUGAUGCAGUGAGACAAGAAUUUGCUCAUCAGCAGGGUAUUUUGGCUUUUGAUUCAGAAUUUGAUGCUGUCGUGGAAUCUAUCUAUGGAAAUCGUAAAGACAACUAUACUUUUAUCAGAGGAAUAUCGGAUUACAAAGAUGGAACCAAGAACAAGGAAUGGCAACCCUAUUCAGCCUUAGUAGCAGCAGCUUUUAUGAAAGCUAUAAUUUGUGCUUUGGAUCCUUGUGAUGAUCAGGACUAACAACUUGUUAGACUUACUGCCCUUUUUCCUGAGAAUAAGGUGUAUUUCUCAAAUUUUACCAUUCCACUACUUAUGUUUUUUGGUUAGUUGUCAAGAUUAAGCUACCAUAAAACUCAGCUUAAACAGCAUGCAUAACUCAUUUUUAUUGCUCUCAACACUAGCCACUUUAUGUGUUUUUACUUCAUUGUUUUUAAUACUUAGGUUUUCAAAAAUUACUUUUAAGGAAAAUACUUUUUUUUUAGUUUUACAUUUUAUGAACUUAAUGGUGAAUUUAAUUCUGAAAAAUAAAAUACAUAUAUCAUACAUGCUAAUAUUAUAGUUUGUUUUCUUUUGUACCCAGAAAGUUAAUACUUAUAUUCUAACUUAAAAGGACUUGUGAAUUUUUAUUCUUCACGAAAAAUAUUUCACUCUUUGUGUUCAGUUUUAACUAUGUAUUUUAAUACUAGGCAUAGUUUAACAUUGAUAAAAUAUUUGGUUUUAGAAGUCUUUAAUUAAAAUUCAUAGUUGUUUUUACAGCCUAUAAUGUGAAGAGUAAUAGAAAUAUUCCUGAUUGUAUGUCAAAGCCAAUGAUAAAGUUUCUUACAGAUUUCCAGUACACUUUACAUAAGUAUCAGUUAUAGUUUGACUUCACAAAAGAAGUGUAUAGAUUAAUUAUUUCUAUCAUUACUGGAUGUUUCAUUUUUGUGUAGAUGUAUGUAUGUUGUGAAAUUUUGAAAGAAAGUUUAAAAAGUUACAAAUAGUUAAAAAUGUAAAUAGUUGUGAUUAAUGUUUAAAUUGUACAUUAAUUAAGGUAUCUGUUUAUUAAGUCAUUUCAAAACUUUAGUAUUUAUUUGAGGAUUUAGUCUUAAAUUAUGUGUUAAGUUGAUGUGAUAAAGAAAAUUGUAUAAAUUUAAGAAAAUAUUAAAACCUAUGUUUUCUCAUUAGAUAAGAUGCUCUUGUUUCUAAACAUAUUGUAUCAAUUCGUUAGCUUCAUAAAAGAAAAUGAACAUGUAAACUUUUCAAAGUGUUGAAAUUAAAUUCAAUGUUAAGAAUAUACAGAAAAAUAGAUUUAAUGUAACAUGUGCUAGUUAUUCUGAGGUAUUAUUAUUAGUAGGUAUUGAUAAACUACCAUGUUGUACAUUCAAAGUUUAUCACUAUUUGUUAACUUGCAGUUAAGUUUUAACAUCCAAUAUGUCCUGGUUUUUUUUUUUUUGCUUAUUUCAUUACGCUUGGACUAUAUUAAAAGUAGGAAAAUUUCAUCUGGUAAAAUUUAAAGCUCUUUAACUCUUUUUACCAAUAAUGUUUUUAUGUAACUUGUUUAGAAAUUGAAUUUUUAAAAGGUAACUUUAAAGAUACAGUGGAUUUGUACUAAAUAUUCAAGUAUUUAAUUGCAUUCUGAAAAUGUAUUUUCUGCCAACGAAUAGUGUAAUUACUGGAAUAGUACCAAAAUGGAAAUUGGAGUCAACAUUAAAAUUUACAAAAUGCUUAUAAGAUAGUUCCAUGAAAUUAUAUUACUUUGUUAUGAUAUUCCUAAAUAUUUGUAAAUUUGUCACCAACUUGAACCCAAUCAAACCCAAAAAUCAGCUGUAUGUAAAACUGCUACACUCUCAUAAUUAAAUGUUAAUGAUGUUUGUUUUACAGAGUCUCAAAAAUGUGACUGACAGAAAUAUUUUUAAUAGUAAUUAUAUAACUGUUUAUGUAAAAAAUAAAAUUUGUAUUUGUUUGUUGAACU